CACAUUUAUGAGUGACUCUGGAAUAACGGAUUCAAAAUUAUCAGCAUCCAAAUUCGGAACUGCUGGUGACGGUGGAGGUGGCGGCGGUUUUGGCCACUGCGACAUGCCCUGCCCUGGCUUCGCCGCUGCAUCGGCAGCAGCAGGAAGAGAUUGCGAUGGCAAUAUAUUAUCGGGUGGUAAAAAUGGCAGUAGGAGGAGUCGAAGCAAGGGAGGACGUCACGGAGAUCGGUCGAGAUCCCAAUCGGGAAGCAGUGAUCGUUCAAAGAAGAGAACCAAGAAGAACGAUGGACUCUCCAUAGGUCUGGAGAAUACUGCGUGCAUCAAGAAAGCUAUAGAAUUAGAUAGUGGAGGCAAGACUAUCAAGUGCACAUAUGAUCCGUGCAAGUUCGAUUGCUACGACUUUUACUACUGCGACCCAAUGAUGAACAUUUGCCAGCGGCAAAAUUUCAGUUGCGAUUGUUACAGCAACAUUCAGGAUUUCAUCAGUGAUGAUUCGAGGAUGUGCCCUACGCCCGAAAGAAAUUGUACUAUGUUCUGCAGCGACGACUGCAACCGAAGUAGUUUGUUUAAUAAUUGCAACAACUGCAAUUACCCAGGAUUCUAGUCAAUCAUUCCGAAAAUUGUAGUCGUGUAGAAUAAGAAGU